AUGUCUGAUCGCGAUUCUUUCGACGCUCUCGACUACUUACAGCACAGAUUUGGAGACCUAAACGAUCAAAGAGCCACCUACGUCCUUGGACAGCUCCACAGAGUAUUGAACGGUUUUAUGACAAAGAAAAUAAAUGAUGGCGAACUAAAAGUCCUUGAUUUCGGGAGUGGACCAGUUGUCCAGAAUUCCAUCAGCGCUGCUGCGUUCGCCUCCGAGAUCGUGUUCAGCGACAUUUCCUCCUCCAAUCGCGAGGCCAUUCAGAAAUGGCUGGACGGUGACGCCGACGCCUUCAACUGGUCGCCUCAUUUCGACUACGUCGUCCAGACUCUCGAGGGAAAGGGCGAGAAGGAGGCCAGGGAGAGAGAGCAGCGAAUGAGAAAGCUCUCAAAAGUCGUUUUCUGUGACGCUCUCUCGGAACACCCAUGGAGAAAGGCAAUGAGGGACCAUACGACAUUAUUCUACAGUGCGCAUGUCUUGAAUGUGCCUGCAGCGAUAGAGAGAGUUUCAAGCGUUGCAUGA